AUGGCCGUGAGGGAGCUGCUGGUGGUGCUGGUGGUGCUGGUUGCUCUCGUUGCUCCAGGAGGGGCAGAGCUGAAUGAAGGGAAUAGCCUGAGGAGGCCAUUCUGUGCAGAAAUGGUUAACCUGGAUGCAUGCCCCUUGCUGUACAUGCCUGUGUGCGGGAGCGACGGGAACACCUACGCCAAUGAAUGCCUGCUGUGUGUGCAGCAGAGGAAAACAAGGCAGGACAUCCGGAUUUUGAGGGAUGGGGACUGCCAAGGAGUCUGA